AUGAAAACCUUCGUGAUUGUAUUGGCUCUGGUAGCAAGCGCGUUAUCCGGUAACGUGCGUCAGAAGCGUGGCUACCUCAGUGGCCUCCACUCGGCCAACGCUGUGAGCCACAUUUCUCCAGCAUCUAGCUACAUUGCCCCCUCAGUCAGCUAUUCUGCACCUUCAGUGGGAUACGCUGCCCCAGCCGUGAGCUACUCCCCGUCAUUGAGCUACGCUGCUCCCUCGUUGGGCUACGCUGCCCCCGCACUAAGCUACGCUUCCCCUUCAGUCAGUUACUCCGCACCUCUGUCCAGUUAUGCUGCCCCGUCAGUGAGCUACGCUCCAGCGGCUAGCUACGCUGCUCCUUCAGUGAGCUAUGCCCCAGCUGCUAGCUAUGCCCCAUCAGUAAGCUACGCGCCAUCGGUCAGCUAUGCAGCUCCUUCAGUCAGCUACGCCGCUCCAGUAGCCAGCUACUCCGCCCCCGCUGCCCGCGUCGUCACAGUCAACAAAGUUGUGAACGUGAAGAAGGUUGUCAGCGUACCCCAGGUCGUGAAUGUCCCCAAGGUGGUGUCAGUCCCGCAAGUGGUGCAAGUUAAGAAAGUGGUACCUGUCUCCGGCGGCUGCUCCAGCUGCAGAGCCUCCCACUACGGCGCCAGCUACGGCAACACCUACGCCCCCAGCUACAACAACUGGACGCUUGCAUCACCGCUCUACAUAUCGGUAUAUAUAGCCUGUGGGGUCGAGUCUCCUCACACACCACCUGACAACCACCAACCACCUACCUACUCCAACAUGAACGCUUUCAUUGCUCUGUUCGCUCUCGUGGCCUGCGCGGCUGCCGGCGAGGUCCGUGACAAGCGCAGCUUCGUCCACGGAGGUGUUUCUGGCUGGAACAGCGGCUACAGCGGCUACAGCGGCUACAGCGGCUUGGGCGGCUACGGCGGAUACGGUGGCUACAGCAGCCUGGGGGGCUAUGGCGGCUACAGUGGCAUCCGUGGCUACUCCGCUGGCUACGUGGCCCCCGCAGCUCGCCUCGUCACCGUCAACAAAGUCGUGAACACACAGCGCGUCGUGAGCGUCCCGCAAGUCGUCAGCGUGCCCAAAGUGGUCUCCGUCCCCCAAGUAGUGUCUGUGAACAAGGUCGUCGCGGCCCCCAGCUACUCGGUUAGCGGUUACGGAUCCGGCUACGGCUACGGCGGAUACAGCUCCGGCUACGGACACGGAUCCGGCUACGGUCACGGAUCCGGCUACGCCAGCGGCUGGUGGUGA